CCGUUAUUUUUAACAAAACAAACAAAAGGAGGAUACUUAAAGUACAAACCGUUUGAAAAUAAAAAGGGGUAAAACCCAAAAUACACAAUAACCAUAAAUUUAACAAAAUACACAACCAUCAGUAAUUUAACUAAAAAUAAUCCCCCAAAAGGAGGGACAAACUAAUUCAACAGUUUCCUAAAUCAAAAACGUCCCUGCUAACAAAAAGCAAACAAACAAAUCAAGACAAAGCCCAAUCAACUUUAAAGAGACUCCUUUGAGCCAAGAUGGAGUCAUCAAGCAGGUGAGCACACAAAAAUAACCAAGCUUCCCAACGAGCAGGCAUACAAAAUACCCAAGCUUCCCAACAAGCAGGUAAGCAUACAAAAAUAACCAAGCUUCAAAAUUUUACAACACCAAAAUCAGAAGUGGCGAGCUGUUCUGUCCAAAUACCAGCUGCCUUUAGUGGCAGGUGCAGAGAGUUUAUAUAAUGUAGUCCCUUCUUGAUUGGCGGCGAAUUCAGAAGAACCAGGAAAUGAAUAGUCCAACAUGAACUCCCGGAGACGUCCAGCAGGAGGAGUGCAGAGCACGCAGGGAGAUCAGAGUCCGUCAGGAACAGCGAAGAAGAGGGUAUCCAGCGAAGAAGAAAUCCGAUCCUAUCAGAAACAGCGGUACCGAUAGCACGGAGGAAAACGGUGCUUUUCAGCGACAUCGGCUGGCCAGUCUGUUGAUGAAGGUACAAAACAAACACACAUACGGCCACCAGCCGUAACAGUACUUUUCCACAGUAAUGCCACUCCGGUCAGUUGUGCUUAAGUAAAAUCAGAGCCGAAAAGUGAAUCUCGCAAGUUAGAAGUUUAUCGAUAUUCUAACCAUAACCUUUGUUCAUGAAAUAUGGAUUAUUGCCGCAUGAACGACAUCUGACACAAGUGGUUGUAAUAAGCUUCCACUGUAAAAGUACAAAAGAGGGCUCCUGGGUGCCUCCUUUUGGAGGUUCUCCUGCUGUGAGGAUACCCCUGGAGAGACUCAGAAAUCUCCGGAAGAGCUUCACAUCUUUUCUGGUCCCAAACUGAGCUGGAGAGUAUAGCUAGGAAAAGGGAAUUCUAGGUUUCCCUCUUGGACUUUGUACACCUCUGGGACAAGAUCUUGGAUUGGUGAAGGAGUAUCAGACAAAGCAAAAGGAGCUCUGGCAACAGGACAUGGAUUUAAGGACCUAGGGGAGAAAAAACGACUCAACCCAUGACUUUUUAGCAGCAGUUUUUUUUCCCUCCACUUCAAAAAAUGGCUGUUCGGCUCUUUGAAGGCAAAAACCAUGCAGCCUCCUACCUGCAGUACAGAGUGGCACCACAUGAAUUGAUCAGCAAGAUAAUGAGCUACAUGGAGAAAAGGACACCGUCUCAAUUCAAACUUGCAGUCGAUGUGGGCUGUGGUCCAGGGCAAGGGACAGUCCUUUUAGCAUCAUACUUCACCAAGGUGGUUGGAACUGACAUCAGCCAGGCUAUGGUAGAAAGGGCAUUGGCCAAAAGCAAUCCACCAAACAUUUCAUACAGACAGUGCCCCGCAGAAGAGUUGCCAUUUACAUCCGGGCAGGUGGACCUUGUGACGGCCAUGACGGCAGCCCACUGGUUUGAUCGGCCUCGGUUCCUCCAGGAAGCCAACAGGGUGCUCAGACCUGGAGGCUGCCUUGCUCUCCUGAGCUACAGCAUGGACAUGAACCUGGAAUACGGAGACGUUUCAGACACCCUUAAUGACAUCUGUCAAGAGUUCUACACUGCCUUACUUCCCUACCGAAGUUCCUAUUUAGGACCAAGCUCCAAGAAGAUCUACUUUGACAUGUUUAACUCCUGCUCUUAUCCAGACAAAGAAUGGACCGAGUUCCAGCCAGUGAGAAGGACCCUUUCAGUGAAUGGAUUUAUUGGCAUGGUGGAGACGUUCUCCAGCUACCAGAAACUGAAACAAAAGGACCCUUCUGAAGCUGAACAUCUCUCGAAUAGGUUCCAGAGGAAGCUUCUGACUGCCAUGAAUACAACUUCUCCUGACACAGAAGUGACGGUGAUAGUGAAUUAUUUCCACGUGCUGGCAUGCAAACCUUUAUCUGACUGAACCCUUUCCCAUUUCAGACUUUUUUUUUCAAACCGUCUGUUAUUAUGAAGAGUUUAUAGAGGAAAAAGAAGCCCCCAGCAUCACAGUGGAAUGUUUACCAAAGUUCAAAUAUUUUGGACCUUGUUGAAUCCUACUCUAUCCUUAGGGGCAAAAAAAUUUAUUCUGAUCCAUUUCAUUGCUAAAAUGUAUAAAAACAUCUGUCUCGGUUGAUCUCUGUGAGUGCUGAACUCUUGUAAGUGAGCACUUGCUUUAACCCAGCCUGCUCAAAAUUCAUGGCGCUUAAUGUGCAUUUUAAAAUAAAUGCAAAGUAUAUAAGAAGAA